AAAACGAGUGAAUACUUUGGUGGCAUAUUUCAUCACUAUGUCAAAUGCAAACGAAUGUAAUACAUCAGAAGAAUAUGCUUUACACUACCGAUCUUCAACCAUGAUUUCCAUUGGCAGUUUUAAAAGUGCAGUGAUACUAUGUGACGCUAAGAUUCACGUUGGAGGUCAGGAAAUACAAGCACAUAGACUUGUUCUUGCAUCAAGAUCAAAAUAUUUCCAAGGUUUAUUUUUACCUAAGAAUAACAAUCCUUCUGCGACAAAAGUUGAACUGAAAGAUUUGGACCCGAAAGCAGUGAAACAAUGCAUUGAAUUUAUAUAUAGUGGAGAUAUUUCAGUUUCUAUGUCUUCUGUGGAGCCAGUUUUAAAAGCUGCUUGUUUUCUAGAACUGGAUGCAAACAUUAUCUCCAGCUGUGAUUUAUGAAGCAAUAGUAUAUUGGGUAAAAGCAGAUAUCAAGAAUCGUGAAGCAAGUUUUCCACAGUUACUUGCAUUUAUCAAACUACACAAGUUAUCGUCUGAAUAUUUGAAAGAGACCGUUCAAAAAGAAGCGUUGGUUAAAGAAUCGAAAGUCUGCUUGGAAAUGCUGGUUAAUGUCUUAUUCGGACAAAUAUCUCAUACCCCAUCGCCACCUUUGUCAUCAACGUUGAAGUCAAACUCGGGAAGUCAGCCAUCAAAAGCAAGUAAACCGAGACAUGAGACACCACAAGCAAAUUCUCCAUCAAAUGCUCUGAUUAUUUUUGAUGAAAGCGUUGGAGCAAUCAAGGCAUACAAACCAUCAACCAAUCAAUGGAUGCAGAUGCAGUCUCUACCCAAAGAAUUGGACACCUUUUCUGCAGUGGUGUUGGACAAAUACAUCUACGUACUUGCAAGAUCUAAUCAAUCAUUGUAUAAAAUUGAAUACGCAACAAAAUCAGCAAGUUGGACUCAGGUUACAGGUAGAAUCGUGAACGAUGCCUGUUUGCUAAAACUUGUGGUAGAGACAGGUCACAUAUUUAUCAUCGGUGAUGUCAGUGCCACACGACGAAACUCCAACCAGUCAGGAGUGGUUAAAUAUGGACCUUCAGAUAAUUCAUGGGAAUAUCUUUCAAGCUUGAAAACACCGAGACGAGGUCAUUCAGUUGCAGCUGUAAACGGAAGUCUUUAUUGCAUAGGCGGAAGUAACGGGCGUCAAGAUUUGAACUCCGUAGAAAAGCUUGAUCCUACAGUUGGAAAGUGGGCAACUGUGGCUUCUCUGCAUCAUGUCAGAUACGAAUCUUCAUCGGUUGUUCACAACAGAAAAAUAUACGUGAUGGGAGGUGGAAAAUUCAUGGAUAUGUUAGGUGGUGGGAAGAACUUAAGAACUGAUGCAGAAUAUUAUGAUCCCUUUUCAAAUCAAUGGACAAUGGUUACAAAUAUUAAAUUUCCACGUAAUAUACGUUGCGCGUGUGUGGUAGAUGGAUGCAUUGUUGUUCUUGCUUCAGAAGACAGCACUACCGGUAAAGGGACAGUGCAUAAUGUAUCAAUGGUGGAUUUGAAUCAAGCCCGAGUAUCCGUGAUUUCAAAAAGUCUGAAGAUAAAGCCAACUUGUCUUGCUAUAUAUGCUAGAUGAAGGUUUUGAUACCAAGAAGAGAUGAAGGCAAUUUAUUUGGGAAUCUGAAGCUAUUAUUAUACCAACAAAUUCGCUUAAUCUAUAAUGUGAAGGAUUGUCAUUGAUUGUCAAGAAAUGAGUUUAACUACCGGUAAAAAUUUGAUGUUGAGAAGUAAAUUUAUUGCAGGCGGCCGGGUUCAACUUUGACCAAUUCAGUGAUUGGGUUCCCUGAAUAUUAUUACCACGUAGGCCAGACCAUCACCAC